AUGUCUUAUUGUCGCCUGCUGUCUUCUCUUCCUGUCCCGUUCUCUCUUACAAAGUCGUUGUCUCUUUCGCUUUCUCAUCCACGGUCCCCUCUAAAAAUGAUUCACCACUAUUUUCUCCUUCUCUUUUACUUUCUCCCAUUUUCUGAAUUGCUCACCCACACUCUUCUUUCUGUCAUUUUCUCGCUCAGAAUUUUCUCUCACCCUUUCUCUCUUUCUCUCUCAUACUCUCCCUUUAUUUCUAUUUUUCUCAAUUUCAUACACACCACCGUUCUUUCUUUCUUUCUUUCUUUCUUUCUUUCUUUCUUUUUUUCUUUCUUUCUCGCGUAUUGGUUCCUUUUUUUUCUCUUUCAAUUUCUGGCCUACUGUGUUUGUUCUUUCUUUCUCUUUACCAUUUUUUUUUACAAAGGCAUUCCUUUCUUUAUCAAAUUAUUCCCACUAUUUUCUCCUCACUCCUUUGCUUUUCUCUCUCGUUCGUUUCGAUUUAUUACCUACGAUUUUGUCUCUUUCUUACUUUUUUAUCUUCUUAAUUGUCACCCAUUGAUUCUUUCACUUCAUCUAUCUCAGUUUAUCGAUCAAAGUGUUUCUUUCUCACUGUCUAUUCGCACUGUCUUUUUCUCCCAAUUUUUCUUCCAAUAUCUUACUCUCUUUGUCACUAUUUUUUACCCAGUCUUUUCUUCUAAUUCAUCAGCCAUUGUCUAUUCACCACCAUUUUUUUCUUCAAUUUCUUAUCUACUCUUUUCUCUCUUUCUUUCUUUCUUUCUCUCUCUCUGUCUCUUUCACUCUCAAUUUCUCGCCCGCUGUCUUUUUCCUUACUUAAGGGUUUGUAUCUCUCUAACUGUUUCUCUUUCUCUUUACAACCCAUUGACUUCUUUCUUUUUUUCCCCAAAUUCUCACGUUUUCCCCCCAAAUUCUGAUGCUUUUCUCAAAUUCUCACGUUUCCUUCAUCUAUUUCUCCAUUUAUUAGCUAAUGUCUUUCUUUUUCUCCCUAAAUUUCAAAUCUGUUGUUUCCGCUCUUUCUAUCUAAAUCUGUCAUUCAUUGUCUCUCACUUUUUCGCCCAGUAUACUCAAUAUCAAUUUAUCACUUUCUUUUCUCCCUGCCUCUCUCUCUAUCACUCUCUGUCUCUCUCUCUCUCACAGAAACACUCACAAUUAUUCACCUGCUAUAUUUCUCUCUUUUCCUUCAAUUUCUCACCUCUCUCUUAUCUCUUAUUCAAUCUCUCUUUCUCCCUUACUCUCAAUUUACCACCCCUGUCUUCUCUUUCUCUUUAUAUCUCUCAAUUUACCAUCCACCAUAUUUUCUUAGUGUCAGAUUAUCUCUGUCUUUUCUCACUCUCUCUCUCUCGCAAUUUCUCACUCCUAUUUUCUCUUUCUCUUUAUAUCUCUCAAUUUACCAUCCACCAUAUUUUCUUAGUGUCAGAUUAUCUCUGUCUUUUCUCACUCUCUCUCUCUCGCAAUUUCUCACUCCUAUUUUCUCUUUCUCUUUAUAUCUCUCAAUUUACCAUCCAACAUAUUUUCUUAGUAUCAGAUUAUCCCUGUCUUUUCUCUCUCUCUCGCAAUUUCUCACCCCUAUUUUCACUUUCUCUUUAUAUCUCACAAUUUAACAUCCACCAUAUUUUCUUAGUAUCAGAUUAUCCCUGUCUUUUCUCUCUCUCUCGCAAUUUCUCACCCCUAUUUUCACUUUCUCUUUAUAUCUCUCAAUUUACCAUCCACCAUAUUUUCUUAGUAUCAGAUUAUCCCUGUCUUUUCUCUCUCUCUCGCAAUUUCUCACCCCUAUUUUCACUUUCUCUUUAUAUCUCUCAAUUUACCAUCCAACAUAUUUUCUUAGUAUCAGAUUAUCCCUGUCUUUUCUCUCUCUCUCUCUCUCGCAAUUUCUCACCCCUAUUUUCUCUUUCUCUUUAUAUCUCUCAAUUUACCAUCCACCAUAUUUUCUUAGUAUCAGAUUAUCCCUGUCUUUUCUCUCUCUCUCUCGCAAUUUCUCACCCCCUAUUUUCUCUUUCUCUUUAUAUCUCACAAUUUAACAUCCACCAUAUUUUCUUAGUAUCAGAUUAUCCCUUAUCAGAUUAUCCCUGUCUUUUUCUCUCUCUCUCUCGCAAUUUCUCACCCCUAUUUUCUCUUUCUCUUUAUAUCUCACAAUUUAACAUCCACCAUAUUUUCUUAGUAUCAGAUUAUCCCUGUCUUUUUCUCUCUCUCUCGCAAUUUCUCACCCCUAUUUUCACUUUCUCUUUAUAUCUCUCAAUUUACCAUCCAACAUAUUUUCUUAGUAUCAGAUUAUCCCUGUCUUUUCUCUCUCUCUCUCUCGCAAUUUCUCACCCCUAUUUUCUCUUUCUCUUUAUAUCUCACAAUUUAACAUCCACCAUAUUUUCUUAUAUCAGAUUAUCUCUGUAUUUUCUCUCUCUCUCUCUCUCGCAAUUUUUUACCCCUGUUUUUACUUUCUCUUUAUAUCUCUCAAUUUACCAUCCACCAUAUUUUCUUAGUGUUAGAUUAUCCCUGUUUUUUCUCUCACUCCCUCCCUCCCUCUCGCAUUCUCUCAUAAAAUUCUUUAUCUGCUAUAUUUUGCCCCUGUAUCUAUUAAUUUCUAAAAUUCUCACUCUCUAUCUGUUAAUUUCUUUCUCUUUCUCUCUCAAUUUAUCACUCGUUCCAUUUUUAACUCUCUUGCCCACUUUUUCUCUCUCUCCCUAUUUAUUAUGA